GGUAAUCGGGCUUCCGAAGAGUAAAGGUGUUUACACUGACUCGAGAGAAUAUAGUGAAGGAAAAAAACUUCCGUGUAACCGAGAAACAUGAAAGAAACACUGAAGCUCAAGGUGUUUGCGCUCGUGUUCUGCGUAUUUCCAACAGAGCUGUUGUCUAUCCAGGUUACUGUUCCUCAGACAGAGAGAUACACAAUGUUAUUUGCUUCUGUCACUCUGCGCUGUGACUAUUCCACCUCUGCGAACCAACAAGAUGUCCUGGUCACAUGGCGAUACAAGUCCUUCUGUUUGGAUCCAGUUCUGGAAUACUACUCAACUGCAUAUCAAGCAGCUCUGGGUCUGAAGCAGGACCCAGCCAAUGAUUGUCCAGACAGUCAGCGCACUGUCCGCGUAGUGAUUCAGAAAAGAGGCAUCAAUGAAGCUAUGCUGGGGACAGAGUAUCGAGAGCGCAAGAUCUCCAUGCAAAACAAUGCAGACCUGGUAAUCAAUGAGGUCAUGUGGUGGGACAACGGCAUGUAUUUCUGCUCCAUCGACGCAGCGGGUGAUGUUGUGGGAGACUCCGACAAGGAAAUCAGACUCAUCGUGUAUCACUGGCUGACUGUGCUGCUCAUCAUCCUCGGGGCAUUGCUCCUGAUCAUGCUGCUUUGUAUCUGCUGCUGCCAGUGUUGUCCUCAGAACUGCUGCUGCUAUGUCCGUUGUCCCUGCUGUCCUCGUACUUGCUGCUGCCCAGAAGAAGCUGUGAUGCGCCACAGAAUGAUGCGUGAUGCUCAAAAAGCAAUGGUACCAUGGCUCCAUGGCCAGCCCAUCUAUGCCCCCAUUGCCUCAAAUCCGUCUUCUCAGGGGAACCCUUUACUUUAUUCAGGGUCUUUUUCUGAACCUUCAUCCAAACACAACCUUCCCAUGGCCCCGAUGGCCAUUCCUGCCCAUCAACCACCAUACGUACCUCAGCAUGGAUACCAUGCCAAUGGCAGCAUGAAUGGGAGUGUACAUGGCAAUAACCAAGUGUUAGAUUUUCUCGAGACCCAAGUAAGAGGGAUGGAUGUGGCCGCCCCGAUUCUUCAACCUCAACAUCAUUACACAGGAGUCCCGCACCAAAAUCUUCAACAUCAAUAUGCAGCCCCACAACCCCAAUAUGUAACGCCACCACCUCAACCUGUCCAUCAAGCUGUGACUUUUUCAGCCAGGCCGCCCAGCAUGCUCUCAGCCCUGGAUGAGAUGGGUGUCCAAGGUGUAGAGCGUAGGGUCAUCCAGCUGCCUCCCAUCGUUGGCCGAGCGAAACAAAGCUCUCGGCGGGGCAAUGAUGGUGGAAGACCCCGGCAGUCUAGUCAGUCCAGCGGUAGCUCUAACCGCAAUGGUCAUCAUCGUGAUAAUUCACAGAGAGGGAUCCCACGCAGCUACAGUGAUGAGUCAGACUGGGAUAAUAGGCGUGGAGGUCGAGGUUCAGCAGGACGCAGGGGAGAUUCGGAUAGGUCUCGUCCACGUGUUCGCAGUAAAAGGGAGCUGCUGGAGGAGUUGGAGCGUGCGACAAACCAUAGAGACAGGAGCUAUUCGCCUUCACCGCGUAGGGGCUCCUGGAGUUCAGACGAAGAGGACAGUUAUAGAAAAGGAAAGCGAUCUCAAGGGAGACUGUCUGAGAAACCGCCAGCUUACUCUUCCAUUGACAUAAUAACUGGCCACAGCAGGAGAAGUGACCAUUUCUCGGAUAAGAGCUCUCGCAGUGGCACAAGCGUUGUGAUCUAAGUCCUCGUCCUUCAUUUCCAGCCUGAUCUGUCCUUACCCAGCAUCUACAUCUACUAGACUACUGUUAUUGGGACAAAUAUUGCAAUUUAGCACAAGAAUUAACCAGUGAUCACAUAUGGCCUGCAAUAGACCCCUGGAAGACAGUAAAUGCACUGUACAAUAUUUUUUUUUUUUUUUUUUUUACACAUCUUAUUUUAUAUAAUCGAUUUUAAAUAUUAUGUGAUCAGUUGAAAAUAUUUCUUUGUUUUAUACUGCCAGUGUAACUUUUCACAGUUUUCACUGUACAUUGAUUAAUUAUUAACCACAGUAAGGUUUUUGCUUUUUGAUCAAUACAAUUUAUAGAUGAGACCCUAAGACUGAUGGCACUAAAGUGAAGGUUGUACAUAAAAAAGCCUCAUUGGUUCAUUUGGGUUUUCUGUUUACUUUUAGUUAGUCUUUGUCUGGAGUAGUUUUAAUAUUGGUUUAGUUGCUUUGUUUGUUGUCCUUGGGAAGAUUUCAGUUUUAUAUUUGAGUAUGUAUGAGUACAUAUGUGUUAUUAUUAGUUGCAUUUAAAAAAAAGAGCAUGACCAUUCUUUAACUUGUACUCAAAAGCUACAUGAACUGUACCAAAAGUUUCCAUUUUUUUCUCAUGCUGAGAAUUGAUGUAGUUGGAAACUGCAAUAAAGUUACUUUUACAUGUU